ACUCUCUUUGUGGAUCCUCAAGAUCUCCUCUUCUUCUCUCUUUCCUUUUGUAUAAUAUAAUGAAUAAAAUGGGAAUUUGCGCGUUGAUCUCAAAUCCCAAUUGACACUUUUUCCUCUUUAAAUUCGCUUAUUUGCUCUUUUUCUUGAAAAAUUCAAGAACUGAGCUUUGUAUUCAAUUACCAAGAAAGACCAAAUCCCAUUUCCCUUUCUUGAUCCAUUUGAUACCCUUUUCAUUUCCUUUAAGAAAAACUCCACUUUCCCCCCCUUAGUUUCUCUUAUUUGCUUUUUUUCUUGAAAUUUUUUCAAGAACUGAGCUUUGUACUUAAUUACCCAAAAAGACCAAAUCCCAUUUUCCCUUUUCUUGAUCCAUUGAUACCCUUUUCAUUUUCUUUAAGAAAACAUCCACUUUUCCCCAUUAAAUUUGCUUAUGUGCUCUUUUUCUUGAAGUUUUUUCAAGAACUGAGCUUUGUAUUCAAUUACACAGAAAGAAAAACAAUAUGGGUUUGCAUUUAAACCCAAAAUAUAUAUGGAUCUUGUUACUUCUCAUUACUACCCCUUUUAUUUCUGCUCAGGAUGCUGAAAAUGAGUCAGGUGGACGGUUCAAAGAUCUGGGUAGGCGUAGUAAAAUUAUAGUCGAGAAAAUUAAGACUCGUGUUGUGAGGGAUGAUGAUUCAGAUUCUUUUGAUGUUGGUCUGGACUUGGACUCUAAUCUUGGGACCCUUGAUGCCGUAUUUGCUAGUUUGUCUAUGAUCCUUGUCAGCGAGAUAGGUGAUGAGACAUUUAUAAUAGCAGCUCUGAUGGCAAUGCGUCACCCCAAAUCAAUCGUUUUAUCUGGUGCACUCAGCGCCUUGUUUGUUAUGACUAUACUUUCUACUGGGCUUGGCAGAAUAGUGCCAAAUUUGAUAUCGAGGAAGCAUACAAAUAGUGCAGCUACAGUUCUUUAUCUCUUUUUCGGGCUACGGCUGCUCUAUAUUGCAUGGAGAUCAUCAGACUCAAAGGCUUCCCAGAAAAAGGAGAUAGAGGAAGUGGAAGAAAAACUUGAAGCUGGACAAGGGAAAGCAGCCUUCAGGCGAUUCUUUUCUAGAUUCCUUACACCCAUAUUUUUGGAGGCCUUUAUCUUGACCUUUCUGGCAGAGUGGGGGGACCGUAGCCAGAUAGCAACAAUUGCUCUAGCUACACACAAAAACGCAAUCGGAGUUGCUGUUGGGGCAACAAUAGGACACACGAUAUGUACUUCAGUAGCAGUGGUAGGUGGAAGCAUGCUUGCAUCCAAGAUCUCACAGCGAACAGUAGCUACAAUCGGAGGCCUACUUUUCCUCGGUUUUUCCUUGUCAUCGUAUUUCUACCCACCUCUAUGAUUUUGGCUUAACAAAUUGACCUAAAUUCUUCAGGAAUGGCUUUACUUAUUGAAUCUUUUUUCUGUUAUUUCAGUAGGCUUUAGAGGAAAACGAGUUAUUUUUUGUACUAGAGAACUUUCACCUUAUUAUUUUUGUGUAAAUGCAAACACAUUGGAUAUGUUUACUUGAAUCAGAAACAUUGCUGAAAAA